CUAGUAUCUGGACCCAUGUUCUUAUUAAUUUAUAAGAUCAAUAGCCUGCGAAUUCAAUAGCAAAUGAACCCAAUUGAUGAAUUUGGGAGAUGGAGCUAAUUAGUUUUUUGCUAAUUGUGGGGUUCCUGUUGGUGUCUCUGGUUUCAGUUCUGUUGAUUUUGCAGUCAUGGAGUUCUACCCGGAAAGCAAUGGAGAGAAUUCCCGGGAGCUUAGGUUGGCCGAUUGUGGGAGAAAGCUUCUCUUUUCUUGCUGAGUUUUCGAGUCCGUCUGGAAUUUACAACUUCAUGAGCCAAAGACAGCGCAAGUAUGGGAAGAUUUUUAAGAGUUAUGUACUGGGGAGAUACACAGUGUUCAUGACAGGGAGAGAAGCAAGCAAAAUCUUGUUAACUGGCAAAGACGGGUUAGUGAGUUUAAACCUCUUUUAUACUGGGAAGCAGGUCUUGGGACCAACCAGCUUGCUCCAAACCACUGGAGAACCACACAAGCGACUCAGACGUUUGAUUGCAGAGCCACUCUCCAUUGAUGGCUUAAAGAAAUACUUUGACUUUAUCAAUAGACUUGCCAUUGAUACUCUAGAUCAUUGGUCUGGCCGAACUGUUCUGGCCCUUGAAGAAGCCUCUACAUUCACUCUCAAAGUGAUAGGCAACAUGAUAAUGAGCUUGGAGCCAACUGGCGAAGAGCAGGAAAAGUUUCGUGCCAAUUUCAAACUGAUUUCUUCCUCCUUUGCAUCAUUGCCAUUUAAGUUCCCAGGAACUGCUUUUUAUCGCGGUAUUGAGGCUCGGGAUAGGAUGUAUGCCAUGUUAGAUUCAGUGAUUUCCAGGAGGAGAAAUGGAGAAGAUUUCCAACAAGAUUUUCUGGAAUCUCUGAUAAUGAAGCACAGCAGGGGUGCAAACAUUAAUGGAGAAGACAAUGAAGACAAACUCACCGAUGAACAGCUCAAGGACAAUAUAUUAACUUUGUUGGUUGCAGGCCAUGAUACAACCACUGCUGCUCUUACAUGGCUGAUAAAAUUUGUUGAAGAAAACCCAUCUGUCUUGGAAAAACUAAGAGAGGAACACCUAGAAAUUCAAUCAAACAGAAAAGAUGGAGGGAGUCUCACAUGGGCUGAAGUUAAUAAUAUGCCUUAUACUGCAAAAGUAAUCAGUGAAACUCUUAGAAGAGCCACCAUAUUGCCUUGGUUUUCAAGAAAAGCAGUUCAGGAUUUUGAGAUGGAUGGGUGCAAAAUCAAGAAAGGUUGGUCAGUCAACUUGGAUGUAGUUUCAAUACACCAUGACCCAGAAGUCUUCCCUGAUCCGGAAAAGUUUGAACCUUCCAGAUUUGAUGCACCGGUAAAGCCUUUCAGUUUUCUUGGGUUUGGCAGCGGACCAAGAAUGUGCCCUGGAAUCAAUCUUGCAAAAAUAGAGAUUUCCAUUUUCAUUCAUCAUCUUGUCUGCAGAUACAAGUGGAGACCUCUGUCGAAAGACGACACCAUCCAUCCAACCCUAGUAAGAAUGCCAAAGAGCAAGUACCCCAUCGUGGUUGAUCCUCUGUAGAAGAGAGACAGAGAGAGAGAGAGAAACGAGAAGCAACAGCUACAUCAA